GCAGUAAGCAGAUCAAUUUCGUACGCAAGCGUCGUCUUACACCUCCGUCGACGUACCUUCUUGGAUUGCGUGUGUUAUCGAUCUUCUAGCAUACUGCAGCGAAAAACCGGUGGGGGCUGCUGAAGAGGACAUGGCUUCCGACGAGAAAUCGGUCCAGCUCAAGUCCGACGCCCUGAUGGAGCAAAUGAAGCUCCACCUCACAACUGACGCCGGUAAAGCCCUCACCAAGAAAAUUGGCCUUGUUUACCAGCUUAAUAUUGCCCCUAAGAAACUUGGAUUCAAUGAGGAGUCUUAUGUUGUUGAUCUCAAGAAAGGAGAGGUUAAGAAAGGGACAUAUGAGGAUGGAAAACCAGAUGCGACUUUUUCUUUCACUGACAAUGAUUUUAUCAAGAUUGCCGCUGGAAAGAUGAAUCCCCAAAUUGCUUUUAUGAGAGGGGCCAUGAAGAUCAAGGGAAGCAUUAGUGCGGCACAGAAGUUUACACCAGACAUUUUUCCAAAGCCUGCAAAGAUGUGAUGAGAUUGAUGAUUGGUUAAUUCUGAUGAUAAGCUGAGCUCUUGUAUUCCCUUGCCUCAGUGUUUCAAGUUGUUACUCUUCAGCAUUGUGCAAGCAUGUGGUGGAAAACAAAAACUAGUUCAAUUGCUAGGCCAAUUUCUCUUACGAAAGGCCUGCUCUUUAAUGUGUAACUUGCUUCAGAAUUUCAAAUAGAAAAUUUAUGACACAUUUAUCAUGUGAAUGCUAUUAUUACAUGCUUCAUGGUUUAGUCUUCACUUGGAUGUGAAGAAAAUAAAUUUCUGGCACUGAGUACCUUUUUGUAAGUUCUUCUGGUUUAGUCUAGGCUUUGAAGCAUACUGCUUUGCUUAUUAAGAAUUUUGGUGGAAAAGGAAGGAAAGUUACAGAAAGCUGUUGCUAGAGAAUGUUCAUUGGUAUUUCAAUAUACCAGAAAAUUGGUGAUUGUUUUCUGUACUUGAUGAUUUGUGGCCUGAUUUAUUCCA